UAAUAGCCCUGGUGAUCACGAUAAUAGUGUCUUUGUUGAGGACACGUAAAGAUUAAAAACAAAUAAAGGUAGAAAUAAGAUUGUAUUUUGCCCAGAACGGAAAAUAUUUUUGUUCAAAACAAAGUGAUAUCAUGAAAAUCACAGGCAGUCGGAACUUGUUUCUUGUUAACCAACUAAAACACUACACUGCCAAAGUGAAAGUAUUCUUAUCACAACCCACACAAGAAAAAGGAUAAACUGUCAUCAAAAUUAUAACCAAUCAAAAAUUAGACCAUUUUCUGUAAAGCUACAUGUUAUAUACUAAAAGAUUGGACGGCUCAUACUACUCUCAACUCCAACAAGCAGUGAAUGGUGAAGUGACUAGUACACUGAGGCUGAAAUUGAAAAAAGGACUACAUGCACCACGACAGAAAUUGGAAAACCUGAGAGAAAGGCAAACUGACGUCGAAACCAGGUUCUGAUGUUUUGGCUUCAUUCUGUUCUGUUCAAUGUUAAAAGCGGACAACUGGAUUCCUAAUGAGGCUGUGAUUUAUAGCAAUGAUUUAUUAGAAAAUUCCAAUAGAACGCACAGACUCUUAUCUAAAUUAGCAAAAGCUCAACAUCGUUACUAAUCCAAGGGAAGACAACCGGUUCACAUCACACGUUCGUGUUUUAAUAGUUACAAGUUGAAAAUCAAUUGGAAGAAAAAAUAAUAUAAAGAAAAAGAAACAAAAAGAACGUUUUAUUGCUGUUAACGAGUGUAUCCAUUGCAGUUCAGCGGUGUAGUUGUGGCACUCACCUUGUACUCUUGUGUCGAAACAUCAUCUUCUUAUAUAUCAAUUGCCUCCGGUUUCCGGUUGGUUAUAGACUAGGGAGACUCCAGGGAAAGGCGCAUCACGUUCCCAUCAUGGGCUCCGGUUUCAGUGAACCCGAAACCAAUUUCCCCAACUGGAUGUCGACAAUCUCUGAUCAAACGUCUGUAGCACACUUAACCGUGCCAGGCACACACAACACAAUGGCUUUUUACGGCGGAAGCCUCAUCGCGUGUCAAUACUGGGAGUUAUAUCCACAGCUAUUGGGAGGCAUACGUUUCUUAGACAUUCGUUGUCGGCAUUUUCGUAAUGGGCUACAUAUACACCACGGAGUCAAAUAUCAAUAUGCUGAUAUUGACACGGUUCUGAGAAACUCGCUUCGCUUUUUAACAGACUACCCCACAGAGACGAUCUUUAUGCGUAUUAAAGAGGAAUAUGAAACGGUUGAAAAUAACCGUUCCUAUGAAGAAACGCUCAAAGUCUCUAUCCAACGAUAUAUCGAGAAUGGUCGAAUUUCGAGUUCCUUCUCUUCUAUUCCCAAACUUGGAGAUAUCCGUGGCAAAAUUGUUAUCUUGCAAAAUUUCCCGGGAUCCGCGUAUGGAUUGAAUUACAAUGGUGGUUUGUUCUCAAUUGAGGAUCAUUGGUAUGUGCCUACAAUUCUGUACUCACAUAUAGAAGAGAAAUGGCAGCAUGUCAAACGUCAGCUUGACACUUCCGGUGCGGACGAAGGAAGUUCCGUUAUUUAUGUAACCUUCACCAGCGGAGCCAGCUCUGGGGCUUAUCCCAAUGCCGUAGCUGAUCGUAUCAACCCUCAACUCGAGAACUACUUAGAAGAAAAGAAACCCAAGAAACGGUUUGGUUUUAUUUCUAUCGAUUUUCCGUCGAGCGCUCUGAUCGGAAAAAUUAUACAAUGUAACCAUUAAUCGGAAUUGAACUCACAACCCACUUGUACGAAACGAAUUCAUCGUAUACAGAGAGGAACUCAUCAGUAACUUCGUUAUGAACUGGGAAGUGAUUUAAAGAGUGACAAGCCUUUAGAUGUGAAUAGUCUGUAGGGGUAGGUGAGACAUAGUUAAGGUCUCUCCGCUAAUAUUGGUCUACUGACAUUCGUAAAACUGCAUGUGUGUG